CCCAUUGAAGGCAUAUGGGGUGAAAUUUCGCGAUAAAUUUAUCAGUUUCAAUAAGCAACAAGCUGUCACAUGUGCACUUCCACACUGAUUUUCCUCCUAUUAACUUGCCGCCGAAGUGUGGGUGUUAUCAUUUUAAAGCAUCAUACAUGUACAUUUCAGGUGUACAAAGGCCACACAGGAGUUGUAAGGUGUGUCGUUGUUGAUCCAUCCGGACAGUGGAUAGCAUCAGGAGGUGAUGAUCAAGUUGUGAAGUUCUGGGAAGUGUGCACAGGACGAUGUCUUAAGACUUUGCAGUGUGGUGGUACUGUGCACAGCAUGGCAUGGAACCCAAACCCGUCCCUGACUCUUCUGGCUAUUGCUGUAGAACACAAAUCUGUAAUCGUGAAUCAUUCUCUUGGUGACAAACUGUUGUGUGCUGCCACUGACGAACUUAUUGAAUCACACACUCCUCAAGGAGAAGCCCUGAAAGAGUCAGGUGUACAGUGGACGGUUGCUAAUGAAGAGGAAUACAAGAAUGGAGAACGUUUGGUUAUAAAACACAACAAGGCCAUAUCGCAGGUAACUUGGCAUGGGAAAGGAGACUAUUUUGCUUCGGUUGUUCCUCAAGGUGGGAACAAAUCCGUUUUUAUCCAUCAGAUGACGAAACGUCGAAGUCAGUGUCCUUUCAAGAAAGCCAAAGGCCUGAUCCAACGUGUGUUGUUCCACCCAACGAGACCAUUUCUAUUCGUUGCUACACAGCGUUUUAUUAGAGUAUACAACCUCACAAAACAAGAACUGACAAAGAAACUCGUUUCAAACGCGAAGUGGAUUUCCAGCAUGGCUGUUCAUCCUAAAGGUGACAAUUUGAUUGUGGGAAGCUAUGAUCGUCGAUUAUGCUGGUUUGAUAUGGACUUAUCGACCAAGCCUUACAAGACACUAAGGUAAGUGAUCGAGCGGAUUUGACUUCGUGAAGCGAUUA